AUGAGAGAACUGAAAGUUUUAAGUCUUACAGUUGCAUAUGAUUAUACGGGGGUUAUUUCCUUAUAUGCUCUUUCGUCCUUGAAAAAACUUCGUGCUCUACAUUUGGAGAAUUUUGAGGACUUUUCGUUCCUUGGAAACUUAAGGACACUUGAGAUUCUAAGUUUGCGUGGUUCAAAAUUAAAUAGUUUGGCAGAUGAAUUAGGGAGCUUGAAAGAUCUAAAGAUGUUGGAUCUAACCGAUUGUGUAGUUUCCUCAAGCUUUCCCCUUAAUUUCAUUCGAAGGUUAUCUCAGCUAGAGAAGUUGUACCUACCAAAAUCAAACAUGACAAAUGAUAUCUUUCUCGUGAUAAAAUUUUUGACCAGAUUAACGAGACUAUAUCUUUGCGUAUCCUCUCUACAUUUUCCACCAAACUUUGAGUUUCCUGAAUUAGAAAAAUACAAAAUCUACAUAAACAAUAAUACAAGCUUCAAUGGUAUUUUUGGCGCUACAGGAUACUUGGAAAUUGCGGAAGUGUUUCCUUAUAAUGCAGUUUCCCAAUUACUUGGGAAUUUAGAGUCUCUUCAAGUGAAACGUAUUAAGGAUGAGUGCGUAAAAUGCUUGACUAAUAAAACACAACAAAAGGUGUCGGUAUCAACGAUCUUACAAAACCUAAAACUAGUGAGAAUUGACGACUGCAGGAAUCUAAAAGUGGUAUUUCAAAUGGAUGAGGUGGAAGAAAAUGAAGAUUUGAGUUCCAUAUGGGAAUUGCCAACCCAACAUGUAAGACUUGUAAGCUUAGUUGAAUUGAUUAUAGAUCAGUGCCCACGUUUGAAAUCACUCUUUUCACUUUCUCUUGCUCAAAGUCUCGUACUCUUGGAAGAACUUCAUAUAAGCUUCUGUGAUGAGUUGAAGCAAAUAGUGACAGAAUUAGAAGGUGACGAGGAAGAAAUAUCGUCCGCCAUCAAUUCUCGUACUUCUUUGUGUUUCCCAAAGUUAACACAGCUCUGCGUAACUCGUUGUGAUGGUUUGGAGUAUAUUUUUCCGAUGUCGCUAUCACCACAAGGGCUUCAGGUGUAUGGUUGCCCUCUAUUAACUGAUUCGGGUGUUCAUUUAGAAGCUGAGAGAGCUGCCGUAUGGGAUGUUCGAUUGUCAGCAUUCAAGGAUUCUUUCAAAACUUCCAAACAACUUCAACUAAAAUCAAUUGAGGAUCAUAAUCUGGUUCCAGAAGCUAAGGAAGAUGGACUAAAUGGAGUAACUUCACUUGAACUUCUGAAUUGCAAGGAUCUUGAAUGCUUGGUUGAUACCACCACUACUGCAACAAAGAAUGGGCCAACUUCAGCAUUCACUCAUUUGGAGACAUUAUAUAUGGAAAAAAUGGAUGGGUUGGAAGCCUUAUGCAAGGGUCAGCCUCCACAAGGUUUCCUAAAAAACUUGAAACAUCUGAAUCUCAUCCGAUUUCCAGAAUUGAGAUGGAUAUUCAAAGGCUCACCCCACUCUUUCACCCUCCAAAGUCUUAAGGUUGUAAAGAUAUAUGAAUGCGGAAAAUUGAAAUCCCUUUUUUCAUCUUCCCUUAUUCAAAGCCUAGUGCUUUUAGAACAACUCAAGAUAGAAUGCUGCGACGAAUUGGAAACUCUUUUCGCUGAUCCGGAAAAUGAUGGUGAAAUAGAAUCAAAGCAUUCUUCCCUUCCUCUCCACUUGCCCAAAUUGAAUACUCUUUGCAUCAAAAAGUGUUCAAAACUGGAAUAUGUUGUCCCACAAAACUAUAUUGUCAAAGCACCAUCUUUGAAAAGAAUGAAAGUUAAGGAUUGUUCCAAAGGGAUUGGAUUAUCGGCAUUUAAGGAAUUGUUAUGCAAUACAAAUGAUCUUAUUCUCAAAGAUUUUGGAGAUCACAAAAAUCUUGUCCCAGAUCUUGUAGAGAUGGAACAUUUAGACGGAUUAACUUCCCUCUCUAUUAACAAUUGGAGGGGUGGUGAAUGCUUGGUUGAUAUAUCACAAGCAAUGAUGGAUUUCAAGUACAAUGACCAAUCUCCCAAGUGUUUCUUGCAAAAUCUCAAAAUUUUGAGAGUUGUUGAUUGUGGAAAUUUUUCAAAGAUAUUUCAAAUGGAUGAUGGAAUAGAAUCAAACGCACAUUACUUGCCGAACUUGGAAAUUGUGAAGAUUAAGGAUGCUCGAGUUUAG